CGCCCUGGGCCCGGGUCGGCGGCGGCGACGACGACCCCGCCGCAGAGUAUGCGCUCUGCACGCCCGCCGAGAUGCGGAGCCGCUACUUUUGCGCCGACCCAGCGGUGGGAGACGGCGGCGGUGAUGUGGGCUUGUUCGGCGGCAUCCGCUACUCUGCUGGCAGCAUCUCGGCUUACGGGUUCACCGUUGGGGUGCUCAAGCUCUGCAUCGAGCGGGGGCUGAAGGUGCACGCCAACACGCCCGCCGUGAAGCUGGAGCGGAUCGAGCGGAAGAAGGACGGCGACGACGGCGACGACGGCAACGACGACGACGUGUCCCCGGCGAGGUGGACGGUCACGACGCCGCGGGGCGCCAUCGCGGCGCGGCGCGUCGUGCUGGCCACCAACGGGUACACGGCGGCGCUGCAGCCGCGCUUCCAGGGCGUCGUCGUGCCGCUCCGGGGCCAGAUUACGGCGCAGCGCGCGGGCCGGGGGAUGCCGGCCGCGGGGCUGCCGGUCACGUACAGCUUCAUAUACGGUGGCGGCUACGAGUACAUGGUCCCGCGUCCGGGGAAGGACGGGGGCGAGGAUAUUGUUAUUGGCGGAGGGCUGGCCCGCGCCGAGCAAGGGGGACUGCUCGAGUUUGGCAGCACCGACGACACGACGCUCAACGGGACCAUCAGCGAGUAUCUUCGGGAGUCGACGCCGAGGUACUUUGGGGACAACUGGGGCGACGACCACCCUGACGGCCGAGUCCGGAGUGAAUGGACGGGCAUAAUGGGCUAUAGCGUGGACGGGUAUCCCCUCGUCGGCCAUGUGCCGGCCGAGGACGAGAACGGGCCGGCCGGAGACCAAGAUACGGGCCUGUGGGCCAGCUGCAGUUUCCAGGGACACGGCAUGGUGCUCUGCUGGAUGUCGGCCAAGGCGCUGGUGGAGAUGAUGCAAGGGAGGGACGACACUGAGCUGGCGCGCUGGUUCCCCGAUGCCUUUCGACUGACGAGGGAACGGAUGGGCAAGAGCUUCAAGGUCCUGGAGCGGCUGAGCGCGGCAGAUCAGUCCUCUUAAUGGGUGGUUGUUUCGCAAUGUUUUUCAAUUCAACCAUGAUGUAGCAGUUCGCUCCCAAGUUUGAACCAUAUAAAGCGGCCCAAGUGACAUGCGGCCGUCAAAUUUGUGCCACCGCCUACAGAGGAAAAAAAGGUGAGAAAGAAACGUAGAUCCAGAACCAGACGCGGG